GUCAAUCCGACUUUAAAUGGAACUCGCAGACGCCAAAUGAAAUAAUAAAUAUUAAAAUGAUAAGCAAUACUUUAAAAUAAAAAGUGCAAGAAAACUUUUAGAAGUUGUAAAUAUAUGAGUUCACGUCAUAAGAGCCACUUACCAGUUUACUUUUGUUGGAGAAAGCUCGGAAGACGCCCCUAUUUUGCCGCGUGGUUGGUACAGUCCACAGCCCCUUUUAGUAACUACAGAACACAACUGGAGCACAACAUGUUGGAGAAGGAGGUCGCGCAGCACCUCACCCACACAACUUUUUAGUCCCGGUUUAGUAGCACACCGAGGAGAAGGAGGAGCAAGAAACGGAGAGCUUUAAAAAAAUCAGACAUGGUACAAGACUAGCGUGAACACCGGCGCGUCUUUUCUCUGACAGAACCCAGCUGACAGCAAAGAGGGAAAGCGAAGGGAAGCCCGGAGAAGAGCGAGGGAAGCGGGGUCCAAGAUGCAGCUGGCCGCGGUGCUGUGGGGCGCCCUGGUAACUUUGUUGCUCAGUCAGGAUUCAGGAGUUGAAGGCAGUGCCGAAUGUUCAUGUGGAAGGAACCACUUCACAUGUGCAGUGAGUGCCUUUGGGGAGUGUACCUGCAUCCCAGCCCAGUGGCAGUGUGAUGGAGACAACGACUGUGGGGACCAUAGUGACGAGGAUGGCUGCAUGCUUCCAACGUGCUCGCCGCUGGACUUUCACUGUGACAACGGCAAAUGUAUCCGACGAUCCUGGGUUUGUGACGGAGACAACGACUGUGAGGACGACUCUGAUGAGCAGGAUUGCCCUCCCAGGGAGUGUGAGGAGGAUGAGUUCCACUGCCAAAAUGGCUACUGUAUCCGGAGCCUUUGGCACUGUGACGGGGACAACGAUUGUGGCGAUAACAGUGAUGAGCAGUGUGACAUGCGAAAAUGUUCAGACAAGGAGUUCCGCUGCACAGAUGGCAGUUGCAUUGCGGAACAUUGGUAUUGCGAUGGAGACACGGACUGCAAGGAUGGAUCAGAUGAGGAAAACUGCCCUUCGGAUGUUAUGACAGCCACCUGCAGUGCUGAAGAGUUUCAGUGUGCAUAUGGCCGCUGCAUUCUGGACAUCUACCACUGCGAUGGGGACGACGACUGUGGGGAUUGGUCGGACGAGUCAGACUGCUCGUCCCACCAGCCGUGCAGAUCAGUUGAGUUCAUGUGCAGCAGUGGAAUGUGCAUAAAUGCUGGCUGGAGAUGCGACGGAGAGUUCGACUGUGACGACCAAUCAGAUGAGAAGAACUGCACCACGUCCAUGUGCACAGCAGACCAGUUCCGUUGUGGCACUGGGCGCUGUGUUCGGUUGUCGUGGAGAUGUGACGGUGAAGACGACUGCUCAGACCGCAGCGAUGAAGACGAAUGCGAAAAAACUGACUCGCCACUUUGUGCUCCUGACCAGUUCCAGUGUGGGAAUGGGCGCUGCAUAGGUCAGCGAAAGGUUUGCAACGAAGUCAACGACUGUGGAGACGGCACCGAUGAACUUCCUCAUCACGACUGCCGACCGCGCUCCAGCGAAGGCAACUGUAACCAGAAUAACGGUGGCUGCGCACAGAAGUGUCAGAUGGUGCGAGGACUGGUCCAGUGCACCUGUCACACUGGAUACCGGCUGAUGGAUGAUGGCAGGUCCUGCCAGGAUGUAGAUGAGUGCGCUGAGGAAGGAUAUUGCAGCCAGAGAUGUACCAACGUGGAGGGGGGCUUCCAGUGCUGGUGUGUUCAAGGAUAUGAGCUCCGUCCAGACAAGCGCAGCUGCAAAGCUUUAGGUCCAGAACCAGUGUUGCUAUUUGCCAACCGCAUUGACAUCCGUCAGGUUUUGCCUCACCGCUCCGAGUACACCCUGCUGCUGAACAAUCUGGAGAACGCCAUCGCACUGGACUUCCACCACAACCUGGAGCUGGUCUUCUGGUCCGACGUGACGCUGGAUCGAAUCAUGAAAGCCAACCUGAAUGGAUCUAAUGUGGAAGAAGUCGUCUCCACGGGUCUGGAAAGCCCAGGCGGUCUGGCCAUCGAUUGGAUCCAUAACAAGUUGUACUGGACAGACUCUGGGACAUCCCGCAUCGAAGUGGCCAACUUGGACGGGACUCACCGCAAAGUGCUACUGUGGCAAAACAUGGAAAAGCCUCGAGCGAUCGCACUGCAUCCUAUAGAGGGGAAGAUUUACUGGACUGACUGGGGCAACACACCACGCAUUGAGUACUCCAACAUGGACGGAUCAAACCGGCGGGUCAUUGCUGACACACACCUGUUCUGGCCCAAUGGACUGACCAUCGAUUAUGCUGGUCACCGCAUGUACUGGGUGGAUGCCAAGCAUCAUGUCAUAGAGAGGGCCGACCUGGACGGACGCAAUCGCAAAGCCAUCAUCAACCAAGGACUUCCUCAUCCGUUUGCCAUAACCGUUUUUGAGGACAGCCUCUACUGGACAGACUGGCACACUAAAAGCAUCAACAGUGCCAACAAGUUCACUGGGAAGAACCAGGAGAUCAUUCGCAACAAGCUCCACUUUCCCAUGGACAUCCACACCCUGCAUCCACAGAGGCAGCCGGCAGGGGGCAGAAACCGCUGUGGCACCAACAAUGGAGGCUGCAGCCAUCUUUGUCUCCCAAGUAACAAGACAUACACGUGUGCUUGUCCCACUGGCUUCAAAAAAGUGGACCACCACAACUGUGCUAACAGUCUUGACAAGUUCCUGCUUUUUGCCCGAAGGACGGACAUCCGACGAAUCAGCUUUGAUACAGAGGACAUGUCCGAUGAUGUUAUCCCUCUGGCUGACGUGCGCAAUGCUGUGGCGUUGGACUGGGACUCCAGAGAUGGCUUCAUAUACUGGACUGAUGUUACCACAGACUCCAUCAACAGAGCGCUGUGGAACGGCUCUAAGCAGGAGGUGGUGGUGGACACCAGUCUAGAGAGCCCUGCAGGGUUGGCUAUCGACUGGGUAACCAGCAAGCUGUACUGGACCGAUGCUGGUACGGAUCGCAUCGAGGUCUCAAAUGCUGAUGGAAGUAUGAGGACCGUUCUGAUUUGGGAGAAUCUGGAUCGGCCAAGGGACAUAGUUGUCGACCCAAUCGGAGGAUUCAUGUACUGGACUGACUGGGGUGCCAACCCAAAGAUUGAACGAGCUGGAAUGGAUUCUUCUGACCGCAUCGUCAUCAUCUCGUCCAACCUGACGUGGCCAAACGGCCUGGCCAUCGACUACGAGACCAAGAGACUUUACUGGGCUGACGCUGGCAUGAAGACCAUUGAGUUCGGCAACUUUGAUGGUUCAGACCGGCAGGUUUUAAUCGGCAGCCAGUUGCCCCAUCCAUUUGGCUUGACUGUACAUGAAGACAAGAUUUACUGGACGGACUGGCAGUCGAAGAGCAUCCAGAGCGCCAACAAGAACACUGGUUUGGGGCGGCACACGCUUGCUGAGAACCUGGAGAACCUCAUGGACAUUCACAUGUUCCAGAGACACCGAGAAACAGUGAACAACCCCUGUGCAGUGAAAAAUGGCGGCUGUAGCCACCUUUGUCUUUUGGCUCCUGCUCCCAAAGCCUCCAGUUGUGCCUGCCCCACUGGGAUCAACUUACAGUCGGAUGGAAAGACCUGCACGCCAGGAAUGAGCAGCUUCCUCAUCUUUGCCCGGAGGACAGACAUCCGCAUGGUUUCCCUGGAUAUUCCGUAUUUUGCUGACGUUGUUCUUGCCGUGAACAGCUCCAUGAAAAAUACUAUUGCCAUAGGAGUAGACCCAAAAGAGGGAAAGGUUUACUGGUCUGACAGCACGUUGAAGAAAAUCAGCCGGUCGAACAUUAAUGGAACGUCGUAUGAGGACAUCAUAUCAACAGGACUGAUGACGACUGAUGGACUGGCAGUGGAUGCCAUUGGAAGGAAGAUUUACUGGACUGAUACUGGAACGAACCGCAUCGAGGUCGCCAACUUAGAUGGAUCCAUGCGUAAAGUUCUUAUCUGGCAAAACCUGGACAGUCCUCGAGCCAUCGCCCUCUAUAAUGAGAUGGGCUAUAUGUACUGGACUGACUGGGGGGAGAACGCCAAGCUGGAGCGCUCUGCAAUGGAUGGAUCUGACCGUGUGGUUCUCAUCAGUAACAACCUGGGGUGGCCCAAUGGUCUGGCAAUAGACAGUGCUGGCUUGCAACUGCUGUGGGCUGAUGCUCACACUGAGCGCAUUGAGGCCGCCGACCUGAAUGGGCAAAACCGACGCACUCUGGUGACCCCAGUCCAGCACCCAUACGGUUUAACCCUCUUGGGGUCUCAUAUCUACUGGACCGACUGGCAAAGCCGGAGCAUUCAGCGGGCAGACAAAAACACCGGGGCCAACACCAUCACAGUGCGAGGAAAUCUGCCGGGCCUGAUGGACAUCCAGGCUGUGGACAGAGAAAGAGCUCUGGGCUUCAACAAGUGUGGCAGAAGGAACGGUGGAUGCACUCAUCUUUGCCUUCCUCGUCCCAACGGCACGUCUUGCGCCUGUCCUACGGGCAUCGUACUUAAAAGCGAUGGCCGAUCUUGUGACGACUCACCGGAGACAUAUCUGAUGUUCUCUAACCGUGUCAGUGUGCGGAGGAUCUCACUUGACACCAACGACCACACCGACGUGCACGUGCCUGUUCCGGAACUCCACAAUGUUAUAUCCUUGGAUUACGACAGUGUGGAUGGGAAACUUUACUACACUGACGUCACCCUGGAUGUGAUAAGACGAGCCAACCUGGACGGUACCAACAUGGAGACGGUGAUCAGCCAGGGCCUGAAGACCACCGAUGGACUGGCUGUGGACUGGGUGGCAAGAAACAUGUACUGGACCGACACUGGACGGAACACCAUUGAAGUGGCCCGGCUGGAUGGAACUAGCAGAAAAGUACUAGUGAACAACAGUCUGGACGAACCUCGAGCCAUCGCAGUGUUUCCAAGCAAAGGAUACCUGUUCUGGACUGACUGGGGUCACAUAGCAAAGAUUGAGAGAUCCCACUUGGACGGCUCGGACCGGAAGGUUCUGAUCAACACUGACCUCGGCUGGCCAAAUGGACUCACGCUGGACUAUGAUACACGAAGGAUUUUCUGGGUCGAUGCCCACCUGGACCGGAUUGAAAGCUCUGACUUGAGCGGGAAGCUCCGUCAGAUCCUUGUUAGCCCGGUGUCCCACCCCUUUGCCCUAACGCAGUUGAAGCCGGUGUCAUCUCCUCUAACUCCUUUCUCCCGACUCUCGCAGCAAGACCGUUGGAUCUACUGGACAGACUGGCAGACAAAGUCCAUCCAGCGAGUGGACAAACACACUGGCCGUAACAAGGAAACAGUGCUGGCCAAUGUGGAGGGUCUAAUGGAUAUUAUUGUAGUAUCACCUAGCAGGCAGACAGGAACCAAUCUGUGUGGCGUUAACAAUGGUGGCUGCACUCAUCUCUGCUUUGCAAAGACCAACAGUUUCGUAUGUGCGUGUCCUGAUGAGGCAGAUCGACGGCCUUGCUCCACCAUUUCAGGUUUCGUUCCGACUUCCCCUUCCAUUGACAUCAGCAGCACAGCCAUCCCAAACAAGAUCCCCAAGGCUCCAACAGAAAGAGGGCCGUCACUGGUCAACUGCACUGAGAAAAACCUCAACCUGGAAGAAUGCCUUCAUAGCAACGUGGUGUCUGCUCCUCAGGGAGAAGGACUUCAUAUCAGCUACGUGAUUGGAGGAGUUCUGACCAUGCUGGCCAUUCUGAUUCUCAUCGCUGCUCUGAUUAUUUACAGGCACAAAAAGUCCAAGUUUGCAGAUCCUGGCGUGAGCAAUUUGACCUACAGUAACCCCUCAUACCGGACGUCCACACAGGAGGUCAAGCUGGAGGCGUCGCAGAAGCCUCCAAUAUACAACCAGCUUCGAUACAAGAAGGAGGGGGGAGGAGACGGAGGCUACACCAAGGAGAAGAUCCGCAUUGUGGAGGGUGUUUGUCUUCUGUCUCAUGAGGAGCUUUAUUGGGACGACCUGAAACAGAUCAAACCAUCCCGAGGCGGCCUUCACACCUGCAUGCGCACGGACACCGUUUCCCUGCAGGCCAGCAGCGCCUCCCUUGACGAUGGAGAAACGGAGCAACUCCUCCAGGAGGAGGCGUCCGAAUGCUCCUCCAUUACCACCCUGACUCCUUCAGCCAUCACCCCACUGCGCCACGCCACACACAGUCUUCCCGACACCGGCUGGUCCUGCACACGCAAGCCUUCCACAGAAAGUGAAGUCUGAACCCAGAGUCCUUCAUCAUCUCAGCCGCCUCUACCUAAAACACACCUGUAUUUAUAGCUGGUUCAGAGUUUCAAGUGGUACAAGCACAGUCGCUAUAGGAAAUAGUCAAACAGAAUACGUCUCUUAAACUGUGGCACCGUCCUACUUCAACAUACAGUAGAAGUCCUCCAGCUGCCUCCCACUCCUCUCACAGAUUUGGACAUCAGAGAGAAUUCAAACGUGGCAGAGACUCCAGCACCAAGUGGAGCCUUUUGAAAGACAGAUGCUUCUCUGGAUUCUGGGCGAUUUAGGAACAAAGCUAUAACAUCCUCCACUCUGCAUUGUAAUGACACACCUCUCUGAGGUCUUUCUAUUUAUGAACUUUUUCGUACUUCAGAGUGGGUGUGCUGACAGGUGUAUUGUUGAAUCUGGAGUUGUUUUCUGACCGUGCCAAAGGGUGGAGCUUCACAGCCUUCACACUUCCUCCUUAAAUUACAGUUAUCAAGUGUUACUUUCAGUUUAUUUAACAGUGUGGCAUCCAGGCUUCGACACUACCUGCUUCAGAUUUUUAAUUGUAGUUAUUUGGGGUUUUUUAUUUUUAUUUUUUUAUUUAAACAGAAUUGAUCCUCAGGCAUCGUCUGGGAAGUGACAGCCUAAGAGCCAGACGUUUUCUUUUGUUUUCAUUCCUCAGCUAUAUAUUUAUUUUGUCACAGGCUGUAGAAUGUGCAUUUUAAGUAGUGAUUUUGAAACAAAGUACGCGACUCGUGUCACUCAAGCAUCUCUGUAAUUACUGCUCCUGGUGUGUGACUUUGCAGAUAGCUGUGGUUUGCACCAUUUUGUGUUGUUAAAAUCGUCCCCGAAAAGUAUUAUGAACUUAAUUUAUUUGAACUGCAGUACCCCGGCCCCUUUUUUUUUUAAUAGAUGUAAAUAUAUGUGUUCUCAGGAUUCACAGCACUUAGGUGGCUCUUUUAGUUAGUGUAGUAUUUAAAUGAAGUCAAGUGACCACGGUAACUAUCUCCUCGGACUCAUCAUCUUUCUUUUGUGAGGAGGUAUUAAAACCUUAAACAAACAAAAAACAGGUAAGUACAGCAAGUGAUGUGUCCCUGUGUCAGUGUCUAAAGCGAUUAUCUUAGAAUCAUGGCCCCAAAUGGUGUUUUAAUGAAUUCAGUUUAGUUGUUGAUUACCAUUAAUAUAUGUAAGUUCUUCAUAAAUCUCUUGUUUUUGUUCAAACAUCCAUAGAACUACAGUGUAAAACCAAAUAAUAUUUGCACUGCCACACACCGUACAUGGUUUUAAUUUUCAUUUUUCUGAAGACCACAGUUGAAUCUGAGUUAUGGGAACACAGACUAUAUCAGAGGGCUAUAACUAUUCAGAAGGAAAAAAAACAGAAAACUUAAGGAAAUUCCUAAUACUAGUACAGACGCGUCGCUUUAACGUCAGAGUACAAUGAAAUGCAAUAAUGCUAUUUGUACAAAGGUAUAUUGGUUAGACAUUUUAGAACCGUGUAUAUUGAAGUAUCCGCUACAAGCUCAGCAGGUUGCUGAUUUUGCUGCUAGACGAAGCACUGAAGCCAAUGAAAGAGGGUCUUGGCAGCUACAUAACUAAGGUGUCUUACUGUUGGUACACAUCAUCACCCCGGCUCUCGGUCCCUCCACCUCUGCUGCAGGAACAGGCUAAAUUGUACAGAUUUUAUCACGAGGAUGAUCCAAGCCAACGUUGUCGUGCUACAUUGUAUAGUCUUUUGUACAAAGGGAUCUCUUGACAUGUUUCUAGACUUCUAUUAAUUUUACUCACUGGAGAAGAACAUUAUUUGUUUUUAUUUUUUGCUGGAUUCUUUUUAACCACUGUGUUUUCAACUAUUGUAAAUGAUAGGGAAGAUGCCAGUUAUUUAAUAGUGCCCUUUUAUGGAAUACCGGUCGCGUUAUAGCUGUUGUAAAGUUAACAAAAAGAGGUAUUUAUGAUUUGGCUGUUAUUUGAUGUGUAAAUAUGAAAAGACUGUAUAUGUAUUUCCAUGGCAGUACUAACAAGCUGUGUUGUGUGAUAUAGUGGAUUAUCCCUUUGCUAUC